UAUUGGAUUAGUUUUCAAUAAUUGACUUAUUAUCAUUUCUUAGAUAACAAAUACGUCCUGUUUACAAGCACCUGGCAAGUAUGUAUCUUAUCCUGCCAGUGAUUGAUAAUGAAUAAAAUAUAAAUGGCUCAAUACCAAAAGUUUUAAUUAUCACAAAUUGUUAGUAAAUAUGAAAAGUAUUAUUUAUAUUACCAUUAUCGUUGCAUUUGCAACAAUAAUCCAUGCAGAAACCCAAGAUCAAUUGAAAGCGGAAGAUGUGAAGCGUUUACUGGCCCAAGAUGAGAUCCGUGCCGCAUUAGAAGAAGCUUACAAAGAUAAAGGUCACUUGCUAUACCCACCGUCAAUAAAUUUGGAUGGCAAACUUGCUCAAUCUACUUUCAAGAAAUCCGAUAUCUAUGGAGAUGGGCUGUGGGAUAUGGAAGUACACGGUUCAGUCUACUCAAUUAAUCGCAAAUUUACCGAUGACGAGGUUCGCGCCGUUUUUAAAUAUGUCGAUACGGAUGAAAAUAAAUUAGUUAGCGUAUCUGAGGCGGUGGCUGCCGGUUUCGAUGAACCAGCACUUAAGGAUUUCCUGAGCAAAUAUGAUGCAAAUAAAGAUGGGCAAUUUAGCGUUGAAGAGACCAUCAAAGUGGCUCAGAACGAAAAAUUGUAGGUAAGCAACGUCGUUUUGAUCAGGAACAUUACUGCUGCUGGAAAACUGGAACGAAAAUCAAAAUUAAUGAUGGAUAAUAUUAUCUCGAAAAUGUAGUUUGUUGUAAUGUGAAGGGUACAUAAACAAUAGUAAUUCAAA